GAGUUUUAGAUAAAAACAUCCUGAAGAUAACGGUCGUUGACAUACUGCGGCAGUACAGGGGUGGCGCGUUCUGAUACUCGUGCUGUCCGAGCAACACGUUCUAAAAUACACAAAAAUAAACCAUGGCUGAGGGCGAUAAUAAAAGCGCAAAUCUGUUGGCUCAAGAGACGAGUCAGCUGGAAGAGCAGCUGCAGGGAUGGGGAGAGGUGAUCCUGGCCGGAGAUCAGGUCCUGCGUUGGCAGAAGCCGUGGUACCCAGCAGCAUUAGUGGGCGCCACCACCAUCCUGUUCAUGCUUAUCUACUACUUGGACCCCUCUGUGCUUACUGGUCUGUCCUGCACGGUCAUGAUCCUGUGUCUGGCUGAUUACCUGGUGCCCACUCUUGCUCCCCGUGUUUUUGGUUCCAACAAAUGGACCACAGAACAGCAGCAGCGUUUCCAUGAGAUCUGUGGGAACCUUGUGAAGACUCAGCGCCGCAUUCUCGGCUGGUGGAAACGUCUGUUUGCCCUGAAGGAAGAAAAGCCCAAAAUGUAUUUCUUUUCCGUCAUCAGCAGUCUUGUGGCCGUGGCCUGGAUCGGACAAGAAGUGCAUAACCUCUUCCUCACCUACCUGAUCGUGAGUUUCCUUCUGCUUUUGCCUGGCCUCAGCCAGCAUGGCAUCAUCACCAAAUAUGGUGGCAUGGUGAAGAGAGAGAUCAACAAACUUCUUAAACAGAAGGAGAAGAAGAAUGAGUAAAAGAUUAGGCUCAAGUAAAAAGUGGGAUUCUGAUCAUUUAAAAGUUAAAAAUGCUCAUCUCCCCCAUGCUUACGUCAGAUCUCAACAGACCAAUGUUAAGCCUGAGCUGAUAGUGAAAAGUAACAUCUUGUAAACCGCUUAAAUGUAUGCAGAUAUCUCUUGAGGUUUGUUUUAGGUUUCAUUUCAGAUUAUACAUUUGUUUUCCAUCAGAAGUAUUUUUAUUUUUUUUUUUCCCAACACUGAAAUGUUGCGUUCAUUUCAGCUGUCUUGCAUCCAUGUAUAUUUGCAUGUCAUAGCAAAUGUGUUAAGACUCCGCAAAAUAUAAAGAGCACUUAAUUCAUUUUUAAAUCGGUGAAACAACUAUGGAACAUUUACUUUAACCAGUUAGAUGCACAGAACACAUCAUCAUAAGUCUUGAAAUGUUUUUUUUCUCAGAUGGCUUGGAAAUAUGCGUUUCUGCACUGUUCUGAAAAUUGCACUGGAAAAACAGAACUGGAGUGUUUGUGUAGGGGGCUUAGACCCGUACUGCUGUACUAGUGCUGUGUGGACCUCAUUACUGUCCUCUAGCUCUAGCCACUUCCCAAUCCAACACCUGUUGCUGGGCUGUAUAUACGUGUUCAUUUUCUCUCUUUCUUGAAUUUCUUUGUGCUUAUACUGGCUUGUCUUAAGUUUGUCUUCUCCCCUUACUCUUUUAACUGUCAUUUUGUGUUUGUGUUCACCACAACAAUAAAGUGAUUCAAAACUAA